UUUAUGACAGUCAAGUGUUGGCGGUCGUGCAAUAAAGUCGUGCAAAAUCAACGCUUAACGAGUUGUUUGAGAUUUCCUCAUUUUCUCAUUCACCAGUGUUUGUGUUUAUUUAUUUGUUAUUUUCUUCUUGGCAAGAAAAACCAAAACAUUUAUUUUGUUUCGAAAGAGAAUAUCAAUCUGGGAAAAUUGUUAGUUUACCAAAUGGAAAUAUCUGUUCAUUUUUUUUUUUUUUUGAAUUAAAAGCAGCAACAACAACAACAUAUAGAAGAAACCAAAAAUAUUGAAAAGUUCAGUGUAGUAUUUGAUUUUACCUUUUGUUUUAUAACUACUGCUGUUGCUUUUGCUGCAAGAAAAGAAAAAAAAAAGAAGUCUUUAAUCAUGUCUCGGCUUGUUUGAUGUUGCUUUUAUGGUUGUCUUAAUGUGUCCACAAAAGAAUUGAUUUUAUUUUUGAAGUGAUUGAAUUUGUUUGAUUUUAACGUAUUUGGAAAUACCUAUCUACGAAAAAAUAAUUAAUUUGAAAUAUUAAAAACAAAGCAUUGUGGAGUGCGUUUUUUCUUUGGAUUCCAGCAUCAUAUUUUGGAUUACAACAAUAAUUGCUUAUGGUUUGAAGAAUACCAUUAAAGAACUAAAACAAAAUUUUAGGGGGAAAACAAAACAGAAAUCAAUCAAGUGUUGGAAAAAUUUUUCCCGGUCAGUGAAAAUUUUCUUAGCUUUGGUUAAUAUGCAACAGAGGCCAGAGAUUUAAGGAAAAGAUACACCAGCUGUUGUUUAUUCGGCGAGUUGUAGUUGUUUAUCCAAUGGAGACGUCAAAUUCUCAAUAAACUUGAACUCUAUUUUCAAAAAUUACUGACACUGCAGUAAAUUUAAUUGGUCGAUUGGUCAAUGAAACAACACACGAAGUCAUUUUCAAUGUUUAAAUAAGUUUUUGCGAAUUUUUGAAACUGAAAAAAAAACAAUAUUUCUUGAUUAUCACUGCGGAUUUCGUUUCAGACAACCUCACAAAAAUGGCGACCACACUUGGUCCCCUUAGCAGUAGCAAUAAACUACACACACAUACACCGCCAACAAAAUCGGGACCCUCUUCACUGCAGCAAGGAUCGCCCACGUUAAUGAAUGGCAACAACAAUAACAACAACAAACGUGGUCACAUACGUUCCGCCUCGCUGGAGAAUGCCAAUGCUUUGGUAUCAAAAAACACCCUUGGCCUACCCAUGGUGCCAUCACACAGUCACACCGGGACCCUUAAGUCGCGCAAUGAACAAAAACGCAUGCGCAACAAAUUCGGCAGUCACAGCAACCUGGACGACUUUGUGCAACAGGGUCGCAACAAAUUCAAUAACAUUCGGCAAAUGUUUGAACUAACCAAAGGUAGUAAGGGCGGGGACGAUGCCAACACCAACAAUGAACCACAAUCUAUGCAAUCCUUGCCACCAAUGAUGACAACAUCACUGACAUCGAUGACAAGCUGCACCUCCACCUCCUCAUCCACCACCAAUUUAUCCGCAUCAUUGAAUCAAAAAUACUCACCAAUGAUGACAAUGCCCAAACGUUCGCCGGUGACACGGAAACCUCCAAUACCCACACCCAAUGCUGGCCCGGCACAGGCGGGAAAACCAGAAAACGGAUUCGGCGGAAUGGUUGGUAGUCGCAGCAGUAUUACGGAAGUCAGUGAGCGUUUAAAUAUUAAUGAACAACAAUUGGAUGUAGCGACAUCGAACAAUAAACUACAACAACAAGAACAACAGCGGCAGCAACAACACCACCAACAACAACAGCGACAAAUAUUACAAGCUCAGCGUACCCAAACCCAUACAGCCUUGGUUCAUAAUACCCAGCAGCAACAACAACAACAUGCAAUGCAUCAACAUCAACAACAGCAGCAACCACAACCACAACGGAGUGCAAGUGAUUUGUCUCACAUUCAGACCAUUGACGAAAAUCAUGAGCAACAGACUACAAAUCUUUUACGGCCGAUUGCCUUCAAGCCGAUCCCUUUCGAGCCGGACUAUACCAUUCCCAGUCGUUAUUGUGACGUUGUUGCGUCUGCUCAGUCAGCAACGGCAUCGGCUAAUAGUAACAACCCCAGUUGUGGUUCAACAACAACAGCGAUGAAUAAUAACAACAACAACAUCAGUGGCAGCAACAAUCACAUCACCAAUUCAACAACAAAUUCCCACCACCACAACCACCAUCACAAUAUGGUUGUGGGCGAUCGUUAUGGUUCAACGCCAUCAUUGGCGGCCGUCCAGGGUUCUAACAUGAGAUUUGGAAGUACAACCGACUUAAGGCACAGUGGUAGUGGUGCUGGCGGUGGCAUGACUCUUAUGACAGCUGGCGGACUCCAUGGCAACUGCAGUGUCGGCAGCGGAGUUAUUGUCGGUGGUUAUUCAAGCAAUAAUUAUUGCAACAGCCUGAUGGCACGUCGUCGCGGUUCCAGAUCGUUGAAAAUCAACGAUAGCGUGGAAUCUAUUCGACAUACACCGGACUCGGAUAUCAACAGUCAAACAGGCACCCUAAAAUCCAAUGACAGUGGUGGCAGUGGCCUCAACAUGGCCAUGAGCAGCGUCGGUGGUAGUGGUGGCAUCCACACCAACACCAUGGCCAGCAACAGCAGUUGCAGUAGUUCGAGCAGCAGCAGCAGCACCACCAACAAAUACCACCUGUCCAAUGACGAUAUGACACCAUCGCCCUCCGACUCGGGUAUAUCGGAUUUGGAGGCCGCCCUAAAGGAUCGUGAUUCGGAGUUGUCGUAUCUACGCCAAACCAUGGAACACAAUGAGAAAGUAAUUUUCAAAGUACAAAAGGACAAAGAAUCGUAUUGGGAAAAUGAAACAAAACGCCUGAAAUUGUACUACGAAGCCCAGCAGCGUGAGUACAUGUUGAAAAUCAAGAAAAUGGAACAAAUGGUCGCCAUGCAACAGUUCCAAUUCAAGCAACACAAAUUGCGCCACAACGAACAAACGCAAAAGCUGAGAGAGCAACUCGCUGAGCUGAAAAGUGAAUAUGAAAUGUUGAAAACCAACAACAUUAGCAUAAAGAAUUCGGAAAGAAAUCUAAAAGAUCGUUCCGCUUACAUUGAAGAACAAUAUGAAGAGAGUCAAAAUGCGGUCAUACGACUCAAAGCCCAGUUGGAGGAGAGCGAAUGGAAGGUGUGUGAGAAAAACGGAGAAAUAGCUUUACUCAAAACCCAGCUCAAAGAGGCAACUAACGAAUUAACCCUUAAAGAACACGCUAUAGUCCAUCUGAAACAUGAAAAUACCAAUGCCGAAACACAAAUUUACCAAAGUCUACAAGAGAAUCAAAAAAUUACCCAACAACAGUUGCAGGAGGAGCAGCAAAAUGCCCAAUCCCAAAAAGAGACUCAAACGGAGUUGAAGCAACUGAAUAAAAUCAUUAUCCUCAAGGAUCAAGUCAUACUGGCGCUGACCAAUGAAUUGGCCAAGUUGCGUAAAGAACUCUCCGAUUUGGCGAUAUUCCAUGAAUACGGUGAAGAGCCAUCGGGUAAAUAUACCCGACUAAAGCAACAGCUCGACAAUCUAACAGAUAUUUGCAAUAAAACGCGCAAACAUACCCAACAACGUAUUGAGAAUCACAAGAACGAAGAGAAACAGGAUCAUCCGUGUGCGGAAAAAGUCAUCGAUGAAUCGAAUUUAGAGGUUAUCAUUAAUUGUUUGAAAAUCACCCCUCCCCAGCUGGAUGAAAGCGAGCAGCUGGAGGAUAAUCAUGAACGUGAGCUGAACAAAUUAAGCUGUGAACUGCGUUUAGCCAAGAUGACAUCGGAUAUACAAAAUUUUGUCUAUGGUUCGCAGAAUUUACCCGACAUAACUCUGAAUACCAAACUCUCAUCGAAACUGGCCAAUUGCCCGCUAGAGGAGGCCACUCUCGAUACCCUGAUUGAGGAAUCGGCCAGUUAUGCCGAAGAAAUUGCCAAAUUACGAAAACAAUUGGAUGUGGUGAGAGUGAAUUUCGAAUUGGAGAAACGCCAAUGGUCCCAGGAAAAGGAAAAGGUGCUGCAGUAUCAGAAACAACUGCAAAGCCACUACAUUAGUAUGUAUCAGAAGUUACGGAAUCUGGAGAAAUCCAAUGAGGUUUAAAACGUAGUAGCUAAAUAUUCUUAAUUUAGGAUCUAAAGAUUAAUUAUAUAAUCACUUUAUAUAUUAAAUGUCAUUGUUAAGUUUAUACACCUACAUACCAACAAAAUUACUUACUUAAUUACUUCCUAUGUAAUGCAUCAUCUUUUCCUCUAUUCACCACCUUGAACACAAUAUUCCUUAAACAAAAAUAUUAUUUAUAUUUAUUUCAUUUGAUAUUUAUUCAAUACAAAACCCAAAAUACUCCAAAUAUUUGCCAAGGGAAGGGAAGGUCAGUCGUAUCCUGAAGAACUUGCCAUGAUCGAAUCAUUGGGCAUAUCAAAAUAAAAAAAAAACAUAUUACACAUCGAAAUAAUUGUUUUCAGAUGUAAUCACCUUCAGAAUAAUAUUUAAGUUGCAUUUCUGUAAAGUUUUAAAGAAAAAUCUAAAUAAAUAUUCACACAAA